ACUGACCGCGGCGGCUGAGCUGUGCGAGCAGCCGGCCCGCCCCUGAACCACGCUCGGACCGUCACUGACGGGUUGAAUUGAGGCACCACUGCCGCGGGAGGUGAGAAGGAAGGAGGAGGAUGUCGCGCCUAGACGCCGGCGCCCAGAGCAGCCCGUGACUUGCGGCGUGGGCCGUAGACCCAGGCGCGAACUCGGACUUUGUCUUUGGGGGCCCGUGCUCGGCCCUUCUCGGUUUCCGGUGGGGUCCCAGAGGAGCCUCUGUCCUCCAGCCUUUUCCACCAUGUCCAAGAUGCCGGCCAAGAAGAAGAGCUGCUUCCAGAUCACCAGUGUCACCACGGCCCAGGUGGCCACUAGCAUCACCGAGGACACCGAGAGCCUGGACGACCCGGACGAGUCGCGCACGGAGGACGUGUCCUCCGAGAUCUUCGACGUUUCUCGGGCCACGGAUUACGGCCCAGAGGAGGUGUGCGAGCGCAGCUCCUCGGAAGAGACGCUCAACAAUGUCGGGGAUGCGGAAACUCCCGGGACUGUGUCCCCGAACCUCAUCCUAGAUGGGCAGCUGGCAGCCGCUUCAGCUGUGCCCGCCAACGGAGGCGGCGGCGUGCCGGCCCGGAGCGUGGCAGGGGCACUCUCCCAGACCCUGGCGGCGGUUGCCACUUCAGUGUCUGCUCCUGGGCCAAGUAGUGCAACUCCAUCUCAGCCCCCUGCCACUUGUAGUUCCCGUUUCCGCGUGAUCAAACUAGACCACGGGAGCGGAGAGCCGUAUCGGCGCGGCCGAUGGACGUGUAUGGAAUACUACGAGCGGGAUUCAGAUAGUAGCGUCCUCAGUAGGUCCGGGGAUUGCAUUAGACACAGCAAUACUUUGGAGCAGACUGCAGAGCGGGACAGCGGCUUGGGCGCCACCGGAGGGUCGGUGGUGGUGGUGGUGGCCUCCAUGCAGGGGGCGCACGGGCUGGACUCGGGAACUGACAGCUCCUUGACUGCUGUGUCACAGCUACCCCCGUCGGAGAAAAUGAGCCAGCCCACUCUCGCCCAGCCGCAGAGUUUCAGCGUUGGGCAGCCACAGCCUCCACCGCCCGUAGGUGGGGCUGUGGCUCCAAGUUCGGUGUCGCUGCCGCUGUUCCCCGGAGCAGCGACCGGGUCGCAGCCAAUGACGGCAGCCACUCAGCCAACUCAGCUCCAGGGAGCCGUAGCCGGCGGCGCCCUCCCCGGGCCUGUUGGCCAGGGGCUGCCGCCGCCGCCGAAUGUCAACCUGGCACAGCCUGUGGCCCUGACAGCUCAGCCUGGCCCGGCGGUCGGCUCCUCGUUGUCACAGCAGUUCGCCUAUCCCCAGCCUCCGAUACCACCCGGGCAUUUGUUGCCGGUCCAGCCAUCGGGCCAGAGUGAGUACCUGCCGCCGCACGUGGCCCUGCAGCCACCAAGCCCUGCGCAGCCCUUGUCUACCAGCGCUAGCGCGACCUCUGCUUCAGCGGCCAGCUUUCCUCUGGGAUCUGGCCAGAGCGUUUCUUCCUUGGGUGCCCAGAUGAUGGGCGCCUCUGCCCAGCCCAGUGAAGUCGUGGCCCCGGGUCCGGUUCCCGUGGGCCAGGCCGCUCCUUGUCAGCCGGCCGGAGUGGCCCCAGCUGCUAUAGGAGGCGUGGUGCAGCCUGGCUCUGGGCUGACCGGGGUUGGGCAGCCCCAGUCCGUGCAGCCUCCGCCACAUAUGGGUGGCAGUGUUCAGCUGUCAGCCGUGCCUGGUGGUCCUCACACCGUGGUGCCCGGAGUUCCAAACGUGCCUGCAGCGGUACCCGUUCCAAGCGUGCCUGUUGUGCCCACCACUUCUGUUACUAUGCCAAAUGUACCCGCGCCUCUGGGCCAGUCUCAGCAGCUGAGCGGCCAUACGCCAGUCAGCCGGAGCAGCAGCGUCAUCCAGCAAGUUGGUCCACCCUUAGCGCAAGGCACACACAGUGCACCAACAAGUCUACCACAGUCUGAUCUAAGCCAGUUUCAGACUCAGACCCAGUCUUUAGUCAGGCAAAUUGACGAUACUAGAAGAAAAUCAGAACCCCUACCUCAAGCACCACUUUCUCUCAUUGCUGAAAAUAAGCCUGUUGUGAAGCCUCCAGUUGCAGAUGCCCUGGCAAACCCUCUUCAAUUAACACCUAUGAACAGUCUGGCCACCUCUGUAUUCAGCAUAGCUAUUCCUGUUGAUGGUGAUGAAGACAGUGCAUCUGGGGGCGGUGUUGUAGCCAUUGACAACAAAAUAGAACAAGCAAUGGAUCUGGUGAAAAGCCAUUUGAUGUAUGCAGUAAGAGAAGAAGUGGAAGUUCUAAAGGAGCAGAUAAAAGAAUUAGUGGAAAGAAACUCUUUACUUGAACGAGAAAAUGCACUGUUAAAAUCUCUUUCAAACAAUGAUCAGUUGUCCCAACUCCCAGCCCAACAGGCCAACCCUGGUAGCACUUCUCAACAACAAGCAAUGAUAGCACAGCCUCCUCAGCCAACGCAACCUCCACAGCAGCCGAAUGUCUCCUCAGCAUAAAGCUUUCCUAAGCCUCGCUAAGGAAAAACUGAAAGCAAUCUUUCCUUGUGUGCCACUGGUGUUCUUUCCACUUUAUAGAAAGCAAGUAGCCAUGCUUCGGCUGUGUGCUUGGCCUUUUCAGUAUUAGACAAUCGUUCUACAGGAGCUUUCCCUCUCUAAGAUGUCAUGCAGCACUGUUGAUGUCCACUUCUGUGUCAUCAGUACACGAGGAGAAUACUAGAUGGGGUUUAUUAAAGCAAGCAGAGUCUGCAUUCUACAUGUGCGCAUGAGUGGGAUCUUUAAAAGUUUUGGUGGCUCUCCUAUGUUUCUUACCACCCAUGGAUGUACCUUGAGCCUUCCUGUCGCAUUAUAAAUAACAGUUCAUCUAAAGAGCCACUUUUCUUUCAAUAUCAGUAACAUUUGCCUACAUAAGUUUUCAUUCAUUUAUUUUGUGUUUUAUUUAUUACAGGGCUGCUAUUUUCAUAUUGUACAUGAACAAUGUCACAGAACUUUUUUAAUUUUCUUGAAUAAUUAUAAGUAUCAGUAAAGGAAUUGAACGACAGGAUUACAUUUAAUAAAUAAAAACGUUUAGGCAAUAAUUGAACAAAAGAAUCCUGGCACAUUUCUAACACUAAUGGCAAUUUACCGUUGGUAUUUAUUUUCAAUAGUAAAGAUCCAGCUUGAAUGUAAAUUUUGUAUAGUUGUAAGUAUGAAAAACACAGUGCACCUGUACAGGUAGUCACCAGUUAUUGUGAUAUAAUAAUAAUUGGGCUAUUUUCAUGAAGAAAACGUUGUUCAUUUGUUUCUACUUUCUAAUAGAAAUUGCCACGAUUCCUCUGCUUUUCAACAUUUCGUAUGACUUUUUUUUUUUUUUUUUUUUUUUCGGGUGGGAAUAAAAAAAGCUGUGAAAUUGUUCAACCUACUUUGUAACCAAAGAAGCAAAGCUGUGUAAUGGAGUUUUGUUUUGUUUUAUAAUGCACAUUCUUUAUGUAUUUUUAUUUAGUGUUUUCUUGGUCACAAUUUUCUUUGCUGUCUAGCAUGAUCUGCAUGGCCUGUAAUCUUUGAACCACUUUCGUACCUCAUGUUUUUAUCCAGCACUCUUAUUGUACUGUGUACUAGUCUGUGAACAAUGUCAAAUAAAAAAGAGCGAACAGGUCGUAUGGUGGAGCUGAGCUAGUGUACAAUGCACCAGUUGUACAGAAACAAAAAUGAAGUGAGCCAUCUUUUGUUCAUUUAAAAUGGUGUUUUGAAUUUCAUAUGCAGAAAACGUUUUGUUACAUUGCAGAUUUUAAUGUAUUUAAUAAAUGCAACAUGCAGAUUAAGUGCAGUGUAUACUGAGUAUUUAAAUUAAAAUGUACAUUUCAUAAAUACAGUUUCAAGAGAAAGCAUCAUUUUGUGUAUACUAACACAUUAAGUGUAUGUCAGAAAUUGAUGUAAAAAUAUAUAUUUUAACACAUUUUCUGAAAUUAAACUACAGUUUUGUUCAAAUAUUUGGCUCUAUAUGUGUUCAGAAUUUGACUAGAUUUGUAUUUUCACAGUUCAAAAUAUUCCUUAAGUGAACACCCAUGAUGUUAAUGACAAUGAUAGUUCUUAAAUUUUCAAAGUAAAGUAAUUUAAAGAACACAAGAAUGGUGAGCAAUAUUUGUACUCAAUAUUCAUAUUAUGUUAACAAUAUAAAUAGGAAAUCCUUGUCUACCAAAACUUUUACUUGAAUUCAGAAAGGUGCCUGUAGAAAUGAACAUGUCCUGUAUGGGUAGCCCACUAGCCAAUUAAGUCUUAAUUAACAUGUCCUGUAUGGGUAGCCCACUAGCUAAUUAAGUCCUAAUGAGAAACAGUAGUUGCUCUCCAUGUUAGAAGAGGUUAAAUGUUCUUUAUCUAUUUGAAAUGUUCUAGCUUUGAACAAAAGACAUAAAAUUGAAACAUACAUGAGAUUACCAAAUAUUUUAUAUUCUAGUUGUGCUACGAGAAAUAAUGUUCAGUAAGCAAAAUUUUCAUGUUAAUUAUUAAUAUUAGAAAUACAUUAAAGAAUAGGUAAGUAUGUUGACUUGAGUAUGUAAUAACCCUAAGGAUUCAGAAUGAGAUUCUAGUAGAGCCACUGUGGGCAAGAUAGGAUGUGAAACUGCUGUUGGAAUAUAAACCUGAAGAUUUCUCUCCAUGCCCACUUCAUUGCUAAUAGUGUGGUACUUCAUACAAAGAAUAUUAGAAAAGGGUUGCAAAAGGAGACAGUUAAGUGGUAGAUGGCUGCCCAAGAAUGCACAAGAUCUUCUGUUUGUUUGAUGCCUGGCACUUAAAAGAAAAAAAAUGUUUUUGUGAAAAAAAAGAAAUGAGUUUUUAUUCUAGGGAUAGAAAAACAAAAUAUAGUAUCCACCAAGAAAAUCAUUACUAUUCUAAGGUUAAAAAAUGAUGACAGCAAUUGCUACUACUUGCAUCUUUUUAAAGGGAGCAAAAAUCCUAGAAAAUGGUUAAAAAAAAUCCUAAAGGAUUGACUUCUAAAAAAUGCAAAUCAUUUAAAUCAGUUAUAGCUUUUAAAUAGUAGGGAUUAAUGUGAUAAGGUGGGCUUUUCUGUAUUCUCCAGAAUGAAAUCUGGCAGUGUAUAUUAAGAGCUUUGAAUAUUAAUAAACAAGCUUAGUGGUGUGAGGCUUAAGGAGCAGUGUUCAAAAACUGCAGUCGUGUGCUUGCCCUAUAUAGUCAUUCCUUCCCUGGGAUACACAAGUUGUUAUUGAUUGCCUACCCUGUCCCCUAUUUAAGUUGUGUAAUGAAGUUUACAUCUAAAUCUGUUUCCCACUUUCAUGAGGCACACUGAACUCCAGAGACAGGAACAAACGUGAACCAGGUAUUGUGCUUUUAUUUGGAAAUAUUUGAAUUUGAAUAAUUUCCUAAUUGGUUUGUUAAUGAUCUUCAUUUAGAUUAGGUCUUUGUUGGGGUUAGUCUCUGAAUACUUAAGACUAUCAACUAGUUGAAAUUCCAAUUUGUGAAGUAAGUCUUUUGGGAAUGUCAUCUACCUUUAAUUUUCUGUGUCAGCCUAUAGACCAGGUGCUAAUACAUAAGCUUUAUGUUGGCUUAAUUUUCUAAAAAGUACUGCAUGUACAGUUGCAAACUAAUUUUGCCCAAAGGAAAUUCUUUUUAGGUAAUGCUAAUGUAAUCUUAAGAUCUAGCCAACAAAACAAAAAAGUGUAGGGAGUUGGAGAAUUAAGCAUUCUGAUAUUUUAACUGUUGGAGGAAACUAUUUAUCCCAGAUGACAGGUCCUUUAUAGUGGAUGUGUUUCAUUUCUCUUCAGUGAUUCUGUUGAAAGGCGAAAGGCCAGUCCUCAGGCUUCACACUUGAAUUGAGGCUACACAAACCAACCAGUAGGGUGAGACAAGAAAUACAGUAAAGGAUGGCUUUCUCAAGGGGUUCCUGAAACGGUGACAUCUAAUACUUGAAGGUCACAAGAGGAAGAGUGUGUUCCAAACACAAGAAAAGUCUGCUCAAAGUUCUGAAAGCAUAAACGGGGCUCCUAAAGAGCACAGAAUUUUGUGAGAGGGAAACUAGAAAUAACUGCCUCAUCAGUGUCGGUAGUUUGGCUUUAUUAACAAGAAUGGUUCAGUGAAUGAUGACUAGUGGGAUAAGCUGAGUUCAGUUCAUUGGAAGAGUGGUGGGUGGAAACAGGAGACUGUUUAGAAAAGUCCAGAAAAGUGGUGAGACAGCAUUUCUGUGGGGCAAAUUGAAAUUUAUUGAAGUUGAGAAUUCGCAACCCUUUCUCAGUGAAUAUUCCACUUCCAGAAUCAGCACUUUGUUCUUUGGUUCUUUGAGAAAAAAAGCACCUCAGCCAAUACUUGUAAGUUUAGUCAGUCUCAUGCCCAGGAACCAUGCAUCUCUACAAAAUUAAGGUCUUUGUUUCCUGUUGAAGGAAUUGCAAGAAUUUGACCGAAGAGUGGGGCACACAGGAAUUUGGUCACGCUAUGGUUCUGUAGACUCAGCCCAAUGGUAAACAAUUGAAUCUUCCUCUGAUGACUUUGGUCACCAUAAUUCCACAGCCUUUCCAGUCCCUUGCUUCCUGAAGAGAUAGUAUGGAUUCUGACUCCAGUGCAAGUACUGACAUCUAAGAAUAGGUUUUCCUUUAACAUUGCCUUUCAUUCGCUAACAUAGGUCAGCCCUGCAGCCUUCUCUUCAAUACUCUGCUAAUGCAAUAACAAACCUCUCCUGCCCUGCCUCAAGCCCCCUCCCAAUAAUUCAUGUUUCAAUUUUCUAAUACUAAUCUCUGAUGUUUGCACCAAUUGGCCCAUCAUUUGAUCUUCCAGGGUACAUCCCUGUCUCACAGUUUCAUAACAGGUUACGAAUUUCUCUAUUUCAAUCUUUUUCCAUGUGCGUCUUUCCUAUAUAUGUGAAGGGUUAUUAUACAAGAGUUCCCUUAGUGGUCUAUAUCAGUCUGAUGUGUUCAAAUGGAGGAAUUGCUGAGUACUAUAGAAAACAAGUUAAAGUUCACAGACUUGCACUUUUUCUUUUCUCUCUGUUUUAAUGGAAUUAAAAAAUGAGCAGUCUUUGAGGGAUUGGUGAUUAGUGAUGGCAAGAUAAGCUGUUAUUUUGUGAUGGCACAGUCUACUUGGAAACUUACUUUGUUCAACAUGAUUGGAUAGUGAGUUAGCUUUGUGGGUUUUGUUUUGUUUGUUUUUUCUUGCCAGGGAACCUGAUAAAUUAGGCAGUUUGGAGUGUUUCCUUACUGCCUUUCAUAGAUCCAGAGUCCAUAUGUUUACAGACUAGGACCUGCCCACAGAAGCCAUAAUGUUCCUCUGAAAGAAGGAAGGAAAAGAAAUUGCUAAGUUUCAAAAGAGAUUGGAGAUUAAGACAAGCCAAAUGAUGCACUUCGGCUUUCCCAUAAUAAAAUUUAAGGUUACUCGUAGUGCCAACUGUUUGCAUGCUUUCAUUAUUUCCAUAAAAUAACCGUAAAGUGCUCUUGCCCACUGCAAUUCAAAAUGUCUUCCAGAUCAUAGUUUCUGUCAUCUUGCAAUUACUACAUUGAUAGAUAAACCUGAAGACUGAAGAGAAGGAAACAUCUCCCACACAUGGCAUAUAUAAUACUAGGCCAGUGUCUAGUUCUAGCUCACUGAAAAAAUAUAUAAAUUCCCUUAAUAAGGUAGUAGUCUUCACAGAUAAAUAUGCUGAUGUUUGAGGAAGUAAUUUGGGCUUCAUUUGUAUUUUAUUUCCUAGAAACGUUGAAAAGCAAUUUAAUUCUAUCUUAACUGAGGUGCUUAACCCUAUACUGAAUGUUUGAGGACAGAAAGCUGUUUAGGACAUGAUUUAUGCUCCCAACCCCAACCUCAGGAUCUCCUCAUCCAAUGCGAAAGUAGAAGAUGAAGUACCAUGUUCCUUGUCCACAAUGAAUACGGUUUAUAGACCUUGUUUGUUAGGUGGAAGGAUCUCUAAGUCAGUAAUAAUUUGCUGUGUCAUGUGAAAUCUUUUGCCAUUGCCAGGAAAUAACUAAAUCACCAAAAAGCUUUAGCAUCAAAUAAUCCUUCUAGAAAGAGGAGACCAGACAAAAGAAGACUUUUCAUGCCUAUACUGAGCCUGGGAGGUCACCCCAAAAAAGAACUAAUCUGAGAGAGACGUUUACACAUUUUUAAUACUCUCGGUUUGUAGAUAAUUGAUCUAAUUUAACCUAACUUGACUAGAAUUUACAUGUCAUGAAUUAUAUUGUCUCGUCUCAUAAGCAACAUGCAUUUUGGCUGUUCUCAUCAGCUAUCAUUCAAUGAAUGAAGUUAAUAACUCAGGUACCUGAUGCCAAAAAAGAAUCUCUACUAGGACUGAGAAUUCUGAGAUAAAUACAAGGCUAUAUGCUAGGUAAGUGGUAAGCCCUACAGUUCAGAUCAGUAGGGAAAGAAUGGCUUAGUCAACAGGCAGUAUUGAAACUGUAACCUUUGAGGGUAAAGAAGGUAAGCUUAGCUCUCUCACAAAAAUUAGAAAUUCCAGCUGCACUAGAAGUGAGACUUCUACUUUCUGAAAUUCAAAUCUUUGAUAUGCAUGAAAAUGAAUAGUUUUACAAGUAAAGUACAAAGAGAUGCUCGGCCUCAGCAAAGCAAAGUGCACAUGAAACACUAUCUCAGAUCCAGUUGGUGACUAUUAGACACAUAAGGAUUAAGAGCUGACAAAUGUGCAAAAACAGGAAUCUGAUGUAAAGUUUGCACAGUCACUUUUAAAGGCAGCUGGGUAAUGUCCAGUAAAGUUGAAAUUUUAGAUGCCCUAUGACCCAAUGGAUCCAAUUUUUAAUAUCUACCCUAAAGAAACACACAUAUUCACAAGGCAGCUUCUACGAAUAUAAAAUUGGAAAAAUCAAAAUCUACCAAGAUAAUGGAAUAUGCUAGAUGCUAUAAAAUAUUAGGUAUCAGUGAACAAGAGUGAAGGACUGUAUGCUGACAGUAGAUCUCUAGGACGCAAUGUUAAAUUUGUUAAAGUUUGGGGGGAAAUACAUGUAAUACACAUGAUACUGUUGACGUUUAAAAAAAUGCCAUACACAAUACUGUAUAGUGUACUUCUGCAAAUAACUAUCUGUGUACAAUAUAAAUAGAGAGUUUGGAAGGAUACUAACCAAGCUGUUUACAGUAGUUUGGCGGUGUGCGUUAGCUUAAAGUGUAAUAUUUGAUGUUUGUGAAUUUGCAUUCAUGUACUGUUUCUGUAGUAACAUUAAUAAAUUAGAAAUAAAAUGAAA